AUGCACAUCACUGUUGUGCUUUCUCUCCUGGCCGCCGCUGCGGUUGAGGUUGCCGCCAAGGAUUUCUCUGCUACUUGCUUUGACACGUACUACGAGUCGACCACGAUUACAUCUUCCUGCUUCCGGACUGGUGGGGAUAGUGGUUACACGACCCGGUUGGAUAUGACCAAGUGUCUUGCCAACGUCGGUGGCAAGCUUGUUUGUCGUCCCUCAAAUCCUUCUUUCAAGUACUGCGACUGUGGCAUUGCAGACAAGAAGAUCCUCAACUGCCGCUGUACCGAUUCAAAGGGGGUAAAGCAGCCGACAUCUAUCGACCUCGGUAAUUUUCCUGAAGAAAACCUCGCGCUGUAG